CAGAAUGGAUAAUUCAACGAUUCAGAUAUGUUUCUUGGCUUCUGUGCCAGCCUUUGUAUCAGCCAUGGUUUCUUUUGUUUGCCAAAAGAACAUGUGGCGCUAUUCAUAUUUGGGGACUCAGUAUUUGAUGCUGGAAACAAUAACUACAUCAACACGACCCCUGAUUUUCAGGCAAAUUUCUGGCCUUAUGGGAAUACUACACAAUACCCUUCUGGAAGACCUUCUGAUGGACGUCUGAUUCCAGAUUUUAUUGCUGAACAUGUAAAGCUACCUUUUAUUCCGCCAUACUUGCAACCUGGUCUUCAUCAAUAUACUGAUGGCGUAAAUUUUGCAUCAGCUGGUGGUGGUGCUCUUGUUGAAACCAAUAAGGGAUUUGUGAUAGACCUUACUGGUCAGCUCAAGUAUUUCAUUGAUGUGGAGAGAUUGCUGAAGCAGAGCUUGGGAGAUGAAGAGGCAAAGAGAUUGUUGUCCAAAGCUAUCUUCCUGUUUAGCAUAGGGAUUAAUGACUACUUGGUACGUUUCAGUUCUAAUAAUUCUUCCAAGUUUCAGACUUACCCUGAAGAAAAAUAUGUUGACAUGGUGAUAGGCAAUGUGACCACUAUUAUCAAAGUAAAAAGAGGAAGAAAGUUUGGAUUUCUAAACCUGCCUCCUUUAGGAUGUCUACCUGUAAUUAAAACGCUCAUCCCACCUGAUCAAGAUGGCUGUGUUGAAACGGUUACAGAAGUUGUAAAAUUACACAACGAAGCACUGAGUGAAGCCCUCCAUGGAAUAGAAGCUCAGCUAGAAGGAUUUAAAUAUUCAUACAUUGAUUUCUACACUUCAAUUAGUGAGAGAAUGAACUCACCUUCAAAAUAUGGCUUCAAGGAAAGCAACAUAGGAUGUUGUGGCGGCGGUCCGUACAGAGGAUGGCAAAGCUGUGGAGGGAAAAGGACAGUGAAAGAGUAUGAUGUGUGCACUGAUGUGGGAGAUUAUUUGAUCUUUGAUGCUGUUCAUCCCACUGAAAAAGCUUACCAUCAAAUCGCUGAGCUAAUUUGGAAUGAAGAUCACAAGGUGGCACAACCUUACAAUCUCAAAGAAUUAUACCAACUUUAAACAUUCAUCAGUAUGCGAGGAAAUUAUAGCACCCUGCUUUCUAUAUAUAUCCGAAUAUAUUUAUCUUCUGUACCCAGAAUUUGACCUCGAGGACAAGGUACCCAGCCUCCUCGAACAUUUUGUGAAACUUGUCUCUGGAAGCGUCUCAGCUUUUUCCUCUGCUGCUCUGAACUUUUCCUUUUCUGUGAUUUCCUAAUAUUUACUGGAUUGCUGGAGUAAUCUUCCAUUUUUGCAGCCCUCUGUAAGAUUGAAUAACACAGAGUAGUUGUCACUUC